GUCGCUCCCACGCCCCUCCCUACCCGUGUCUCACGUCCAUUCCUGCGCUCACGUGCUCCAUCCUCUCUCUCUGAUCACAUCACUCCCACUGUACCGCUGCCCGUACCCCAUACCUGCACCGCAAGGACCCGUGCACAGUUGUGAAACUGAGGGAUUCUGGUCGUUCGUCGGUUGUCGGUUGUAAGGACAUGUUUUAGAGGCGGGAGACUGGGGAGCGAUUGGGAAUGAGAUGAGGGACGAGGACAUCGACAUCGGGGAUGUGGAGCAGUAUGAGAAUGCUGACUAACCGAUUUUCACGAGCGUCCAAAGCGGGUGCAAAUUUGUCUUCAGCCCAACGCGCACGUGCACGCGUUUACCUCAACCGCGUCAUUCACCAAUCUUUUUUUCUUUCGUUUCACUUGCAAUUGGGCGUCCGGAGUGUUUGGAGUGUUUGGACAUGGUGAAGCCUACAAAUGCUGGAGAUGGGAAGUCGAGUAGGAAACGGAAGGCGGAUGAUCUGAUUGCGGAUAACACGCCUGGCAUUGGGAGUGACAGUGUAAAAAUGCAAGUCGUCGCGAAGAAAAGCAAGAAGAAGCCAAAGGUUGCUGAGGCUGAGGCUGAUGCGCCUGCGCCUGCGCCUGUUGAUGCGGAUCUCGACGUUCCUGUAAAGUCCCAGAUUCCUGUCAAGGGCGUCAGCCUGCCUACACAUACAACAGCUGAGGAGAACCUACCUGUUGAGAAUAUUCAAAGGAAGAAGUCAAAGAAGAGAAAGGGGGAUACGGAACAUGAGCCGGUCGCUGGAGCGCCAGCUCCAAAGAAGAAGAAGAAAGACAAGCAGGGAGUGGGGCCUCUGCCUACUCCUCCUGAGAUACCGGUAAAGAAGAGCAAGAAACCUAAGGAUGUUGACCCUCCGGCUGCGGCAGAAGAGCCAGUGAAGAAGAGCAAGAAGUCCAAGGAUGUUGAGCCUCCGGCUGCGGCAGAAGAGCCAGUGAAGAAGAGCAAGAGAUCCAGGCACGUAGAACCUGCGGUUUCUACACCAGAGGAACCGACUAAGAAGAGCAAGAAAAUCAAGGAUGCUGGACCUGUCGUUGUGGGAGAGGAGCUGGUGAAGAAGAGGAAAGUGCCGAUGGAUGUGGAUGCCCUUCCGGCUAUUUCAGAAGAACCUGUCAAGAAGAAGAAAAAAUCAAAAAAGGCGGAGGCUGAGGCGUCUGUUGAGGAUGAGCCUACCAAGAAGAAGACGAAGUUGGGGAACGAAACUGAAGGAGUGAAGGAGACGAAAGACAAGAAGUCGAAAUCGAAGAAAUCGUCAGAUCAGGCGAAAGAAGAUGACAAGCUGAGUGAUGCGGCAAGGAAAGCAAUCGAGUACGCCAAGGGGUAUGCAUCAUCCAUCGCGAACCCUCCAACUCCAGGCUGGAAAUUUAACAAGAUCCUCCAGAAAUGGCUUAUCAAGAACUCGCUCGAUCCAGAACUGCUGCCGGAUGCGUAUACGGAUAUUUGUUUCAAGUACCUCCGGACGGUGAAAGGCGCCGCAUACCAGCAGAUGGAGGAGCUGUGCAAGAAAGUUAUCGAUCCUGUUGAAGAAACAGGGGACGCGAAAGAGAUGGGAGAAGAGAAAGCGGAGAAGGAGGAGCCGACUAAACAGUACUCGAAGGAGAGGGCGACUACGUUGCUGGAGAUGAUGCAGAGCACGUAGUACGGUGAUGGGUGAUUUCUUCUGUUCUCUUUGCAUCGGGUUCGAUGUGGUAUGGCCGGGAUAUCGUCUAUGGUGUUUGGGAACGUCUAGCGCUUGCCCAUAUCAAUAGUACGUUAACUUUUGCACCCAUUUUGUUUCUCCCGUCACCUCUUUCACACAUGUGCAUACUCUUCCCCAUUGAUGAUCCUAUUUCACCGAC